UGUAAUCCAAGCAUCCCAACCAUCAACAUCUUUUGUUUGGUAGCUGCUGAGAAAUUUCCACGACUUAUCUUCCGCCUCCCUCACUCCCUACAACACAUUCUCUCCCACCACGAUCAUGUUUUCGAGAGCAUUGAAGGCACGAUCUGCCGCGCCUCUGCGCCAAAAUGCCAUUUCCAGAGCUGCUCUCGUAAAGAGAACGGUUACCACAGACGCCGCCUCCGCGCAUGCCGAUAAAGAUGCGGUCCCUCAGGUAUGAUUUUAUGUUGGAUAUCUCAAUUGAUUGAAGAUGGUGUAGAUGAUAGGUAUGCUGAUGAUUUCUGGGGCACAGGAGGAAGAUAAGCCAUUCACAUUGCAAUUAUCCGACGAGUCCUUUGAGACCUACGAGCUCGAUCCUCCAUCUUACACCAUGGAGACCACCAAGAAGGAGCUGAAGCAGAUGUACAUCGAUAUGGUUUCAAUGCGGUAAGAAUAUAUGUCUUGGUGUUACGACCGAAGCUUUUGCUAAUGGGGAAAUAUAGUCGUAUGGAAAUGGCCGCCGAUAGACUCUACAAGGAGAAGAAAAUUCGUGGUUUCUGCCAUUUAUCAACUGGUCAAGAAGCUGUCGCUGUCGGUAUCGAACACUCUCUUACCAAGGAAGACGACAUUAUUACUGCAUACAGAUGUCACGGUUUCGCUCUUAUGCGAGGCGCUUCAGUAAAAUCUAUCAUCGGUGAAUUGUUGGGUCGUCGCGAGGGUAUUGCCUACGGUAAAGGUGGUUCCAUGCACAUGUUCACCAAGGGUUUCUAUGGUGGAAAUGGUAUUGUCGGUGCUCAGGUUCCAGUCGGUGCUGGUUUGGCUUUUGCCCAUAAGUAUAAUGGCAACAAGAAUGUCUCUGUUGCUUUGUAUGGUGAUGGUGCUAGUAACCAAGGACAAGUUUUCGAGGCUUUCAACAUGGCUAAGUUAUGGAACUUGCCAGUUCUCUUCGGUUGCGAGAGUAAGUUUCCUGGGAUCCUAUGAGCUUUAGUAUAUGCUAAUUAUUAUAGACAACAAAUAUGGUAUGGGUACCGCAGCCAACAGGUCCUCCGCUCUUACCGAUUACUACAAGCGUGGACAAUACAUCCCAGGUCUCAAAGUUAACGGAAUGGAUGCUCUCGCUGUUAAGGCAGCUGUCAAGCACGCCAAGGAAUAUGCCAAUGCCGGUAACGGUCCAUUAGUCCUCGAAUACGUUACCUACCGUUAUGGAGGACACUCCAUGUCCGAUCCUGGAACCACAUACCGUACCCGUGAAGAAAUCCAACGCAUGCGUAGCACCCAAGAUCCAAUUGCUGGUCUCAAACAAAAGUUGAUCGAGUGGAAUGUUACAACUGAGGAUGAGUUGAAAACUAUUGACAAGGAGGCUAGAGCAAAGGUCGAUGCCGAAGUUAAGGAGGCCGAGGAGAUGCCUUUCCCAGAUGCGACCCCACAGAUUUUGUAUGAGGAUAUCUACGUUAGAGGAAGUGAACCUCAAUACAUGAGAGGAAGGACGAACGAUGAGAACUACUAUUAUUAGGUUAUUGGGAUUGGAGUUGCUAGAGGGGAGGAAGGACUGGCACAAGGAAAUGUAUAGUAUGAAUGGAUGGAUGGGUGGCUGGUAGAAUGAUCGGGAGAUUGGCGGGAAUUGGAAUGAUUGAACGAUAGAUGGUUGGGCAAUGCUCUCAUUUUUUUCGUUCGACGGCUUACGUUUUACACAUAACGACCUUACCCCCUUACCUUGCCCUCCUUUCAUUCGUUCCGUUUCGUUUACCGUAGUUGAGAUGAAUUAAGCGCAUACCCUACCCCGCUAAUGAUAUUCGGCAUUCAUCCUUUGAAUCUUAAGUGAUAAAGAGCCUUUGUGUCAUUG